UUCCAAUUUAAUCUGACGUGGCUUUUGUUUGGGGUGAAAAGUUACUUAGUAAUUUUCAUUUAUACCCCGGUUUUGUGUUGUUUUGCCCCGUCUGUGAGACUGGAAGUCAUCUUGAGUGUCAAGUAAUCGGUGGUGCCAGAAUUAAUCUGGAUACAUACACAUCUGUUAUUCUGUACAGUACUGGAUCACUAAAUUGUUGCCAUGGCUGAAGGUGGAUGGGAUCCGUGUGAGUGUAUAUGGAAUCAUGAACAUGCUAUGAGAAGACUUAUAUCACUGCUGCGAAACUCACAGAAUUAUUGUACAGACAAUGAAUGUGUUACCGAUUUACCUGGACCCAAUAGUGAGGGUGCUGAUGGAGGCUACACAAUGAUGAUGAUCAUGGUGGCAUGGAUGGUGGUUGCUUUUCUACUUUUUCUAUUCAGACCUGCAAGUCUAAGACUUCGAGGUGAUGAAAAACCAAGGAAUGGUAAUCAGGUGUGUCUCCCAUUUCGCCAACAAAUUUCUGUAAACCGUUAA